UGGGCUUGGAGUAUUAAGGCCACGCCCCUAUUCUGCAUUCUAGUGGGGCCCUGGUUAUGCCUCCUGUGGCUCAGUCGCACAGCUCCCUGGUAGGUGACUGGAGGCAUUCAGCAGUGCUCACUGGGAUUUUGCUGAUGUGGCCCCAACCCCGCCUCCCUCCACACCCCACGAUGUCAGAAAAAACACAACAGGGGAAAUUGGCUACAGCCAAGAAAAAGCUAAAAAAAUUAUGGCAGAGGAAGAGCCCUGGCAUUCCAGGAGGAAAGCAAAUCAAUAGCAGUAGCCCUGAAGCAUCCACUUCUCGUGGUUACCACUCACCCGGGUAUUCAGCAACAGGUGUCUCCAGGGAGGGCCCUGCGUCAUCUACCCUGAAGGAUCUGGAGAGCCAGUACCAACAACUAGAGGUAGCCCUGGAUUCAAGCUCCACAAUAAUCGGCCAACUCAGCAAAAACAUCAAUUCACUGGGAAGAGCUCCUCGCAUGUUGAAGAAGGGGAAGUCCUGAUUACUGAAGCUCGGGAGGAGCUUGUUCAAGUUAAAACACCAGACGGCUGAACCCCUGGCCCCAGAGUCCCCAGCAGGGCCCUCUGAGGUGGAGCAGCUACAGGUUGAGAUCAACCAUCUAAAAAAGGAGCUGGAGAGCGCGAGAAGACAGCUCCAGGCCAAGGUGGAAAACAACAAGAUGUUGCUUCUCCUGAGCACCGGACACAAGGAGAGGCUACAAACACAGGAGAAGAGGAUACGUGAACGGGAGGAGAGGAUAUAUGAAUGGGAUCUGCAUAUACGGAAACAGGAGGAGAGGCUAUGCGAAUGGGGAGAGAGGCUAUAUGAAUGGGAACAGAGGCUACAGGAACGGGAAGAGAGGCUGCGUCAGCAGAAGAAGCUGCCAGGGCAGGAGAGGCCGCGGGAGCUGGAGAGGAUGCUGGAGCCGGGGUGGGAAGCCCUCGAUGAGGAGUGGGAAGAGCUAUCCAGCGCCUCGGAGGACCUGGCCCUACAGCUGCUGGAGCAGAAAAUAAAGGAGAAGAAGCCGGGUGGAGCUGAAGAGCCAAGAGGCUCAGAGUCUGCAGCAGCAGCCAGACCACUACCUGUGUACCGCUCUGGGAGCCCUAAUCCCACAGGAGCUGGGCAGAUCCAGCAGCUGCUUUCUGUAAUGCAGGACUCCCCAGGCUUGGGUGGAGAAGCUGUUGGUACAGGAGAGGCGGCAGGAGGAGCAGGAGAGGCUGCAUGCCAUUCUUUUCGGGCUGCCAAGAACGGGAAGAGACAUCUUCUUCAAGAGCUGGUCAAGAAAUUUAAAAACAAACAAACAAAAAAAAAACGGUUAAGGGGUUAAUCUCCUACACAAUUCAUUUACUUCAUUUGAAAGUUAGAGCCACUUAUGUUUAUUUGUGUUUCUAAUUUAUAGUUUAAAUUUAUUUGUGUUUCUAAUUUAUAGUUUAAAUUUAUUUGUGUUUCUAAUUUAUAAUUUAAAUUUAUUUGUAAAAAAUUAAAGGAGAGUGGGUCUUUCCCUCAUGUUCACUCUGGCAUCCUUUAGCAUUUUUUUAAUUUGAUAAUUAUAGGACGUUAGCAUGCAUAUCGAGUUUGCCCUUAUGUGGUGGGAGUUCAAACACACAAAGACCCACUAUAUGCACACAACUGUUCUUGCUGGUUUGGGAUAGGCUGCCAUGCUUUUUUAAUGUUAGUGCAGCAUGUAUAUUCAUUACGGAAUUCAGAUAGAAUUUGCUUAUGUUCUGCUGUUAUGUUUGAUCAAAUCCUAAUCACAGUGAGCUCUUCAUUAGCUCAAUAUGUGGUUUGCCCUCAAGUGCACAGUUUAUUACUUUGUAAUAUGCCACUGUGAGUACUGACGUUUACAGCCGUUUAAAGGCGGAGCACUGGAAACAGCCUUUCCCCCUUUUUCUGUGUAUUGGGGAUUGGAGUAAUAACAUUUUGGGGGGCUUUUUAAAUCUCCCAGAAGAGGAAAGUGGCCUGCUCUGGCAGGUGUGUGCAGGAUAGAAUAUGUUUCAUUUGUUCCGGUGCCAAGAAUGAGCACUGUACUAUGGUAGUUCCCUUAGGAUUUGUAUGUGCUCUGGGCUCAUGAAGAUAUUGCAUCAUGAGCUGUGGCAGUUGUUCUCUUUUUUGACGACCUAAAAAGGGAUUAUUUCUGAGGAGUGAAAGGCUCCCAUCAUGACUGUGGAUGUGGAAAACUUUUCUAGCUGAGAGCGUUUAUAUCUACAAUACAUUUUAAAGUCAGAGUUCAUGUUCCCUGUUUUAAUCAGAUGACUACAUGUCCCAGUACACAAAAGGGCACUGGCUGGCAUUCUUCUUAAUGUAUUUAGUAAAGAUCAGAAGAAAUCCUUUAAGAGUUUAAAUGUCCCUGCAACAGGCAUACAGGCUCUAGUCAAGAAUGAAUUCGAGUGAAGGAAAGGUGUGUGACACCUGGCGUUCCUCUAUGUUCAUGGAGCUUAUUUGGGGCUGGAAGAUGGAUUUCACCAUCUAGAUCUCUCUGGCUAAUACCUAGUCUUCAACCAUCUGACAUAGGAAUUUACUUCUUUUCCUUGAAAGGAAAACACUUUAAAAAUAAUAAGAAACAUUAUUAUAAACUAAUAUAUGUGAGAGUACUUAGUUGAAACAAAAAGGAGUUUUAGUAGACAGUGGUAUACUACAUUUGAAAAUCAAGGAGAAGUUUAUGCAACUUAAAAUGGUUACAAACUGCAGUGCAAUCUACUGUUUGUGAAUGUCAAAGUGUUAUGAGGAAAAGUGUCUAUACAAUCACAGAGUUAUAUUUCCUCACAAAGUUC